AUCCCGCCGCUGCUAGCGGGAGAUCCAGCCGCUGCUAGCGGGAGAUCCAGCCGCUGCUAGCGGGAGAUCCAGCCGCUGCUAGCGGGAGAUCCAGCCGCUGCUAGCGGGAGAUCCAGCCGCUGCUAGCGGGAGAUCCAGCCCUGAUAGCGGGGAUCCCGCCGCUGCUAGCGGGAGAUCCAGCCCUGAUAGCGGGGAUCCCGCCGCUGCCAGCACUGCCCCCGGCCUCCUUCCAGGCCGGUCUCAUGCUGCACCAAUAGCGAGGCUCUGGGUCACCGAUGGCCGCCCGGCAACCCUUCGCGGAUGCGGACACUGCGGAUGAAGCGGUCCGGGCCACCUGCGACGAUGCGACCACCUGUAAAAGGUUUGCCACCAGUAAAGGCUACUGGAAGGACUCCAGCCUCCAGUACUUUGUGAGGAACGUUGGAGAGAGGAAGGCGCCCGAGAUCAACAGAGGGUACUACGCCCGGGUUCAGGGGGUCAACCUGCUGCUGGAUGCCUUCCUAAAGAAAACCCAAGGUCACUGCCAGGUGAUCAACCUGGGCGCCGGCCUGGACACAACUUUCUGGAGGCUGCAGGAGGAAAACCUGUUGCCACGGAAGUUGUUUGAAGUUGACUUUCCGACUGUUGUGGCUCGGAAAAUCCACCACAUAAAGACAAAACCCCCUCUGUCCAAACCCAUCAUCGAUGUUCACUCCACCGACUCCUUACUGCUGGAGUCUCAUGUUCUGGACUCGGACCGGUUCUGCAUCAUCGGAGCCGACCUCAGAGACGUUCCCGGCCUGGACGAGAAGCUGAGGCGGUUCCAGCUGGACCCGGAGUUGCCCACGCUGCUGCUGUCAGAAUGCGUCCUGGUCUACAUGACCCCCUCCCAGUCGUCCAGCCUCGUCCACUGGGCCGCUCAGACGUUCCACACCGCCAUGUUCAUAAACUACGAACAGGUGAACAUGAGCGACCGCUUUGGUCAGGUGAUGAUCGAGAACCUGCAGAGGCGGCGCUGCGCGCUGGCCGGAGUGGAGCUGUGCCAGUCCCUGGACUCCCAGAAGGAGCGUUUCCUGAGGGCCGGCUGGGAUCAGGCCAACGCUCUGGACAUGAUGGCGGUCUACAGCGUCCUCCCUCAGGACGACGUGGCCAGAAUCGAGCGUUUGGAGUUCCUGGAUGAGAAGGAGCUUCUGCAGCAGCUGCUGCAGCACUACUGCAUCUGCUGGGCCACCAAGGACCGGCUCAACCUGGGUGAGACCCGCCGCAGGCUGCAUGUCUGUCGCAGCUGGCCUUCUGAGGGUCAGAGGUCACGGUCGGGUUGCCAGAGGCAGCAGGGGAAGAGGACGCUCUGAUCACCUGGGAGCCGCGGGGUCAGAGGUCACACUGGAACCAGAUGCUGGAAAAAAUUAAACAGGAAUAUUUAAAAAUGUUUGACAGAAUCUGCUGGAAAUAAAGACUGACAGACGAGAAGA